CUCCAUGCAGGGAAAAGCGUGGCUUGUUGAUUCCUGCCUUUCUCAAGGUGCUGAAAGCGCAGCGAUCAUACAGGUUUGUAUGAAAGACAGCUGUUUCACUGUGAAAAUGACAUCUUCCACAUCUACACAGUAUCCAGCAUCUGAGAGUGCCUGCAGAACAUCUGCUGAACCAAUCAUACAGGUACGACCAAAACAGCAACUCCUGAUGAUUCUGCAAACUGCAGGUGCUCAGGGUGAAACUUUCACACUAAAGGAGAUCAUACAUUAUCUUGGAGAAUAUAUUGUUCUGAAACAACUGUAUGACAAACGACAACAGCACAUGGUGUAUUGUGGAGGAGAUCAACUAGGGAGUCUUCUAGGUCGUGAAAGUUUUUCUGUGAAAGAUCCAAGCCCGGUUUUUGACAUGCUGAAACGGAACAUCUUCUAGGUCGUGAAAGCAAUAACAGAUGCUGCACAGACACUUGUUCUCGCAAAGGAUCAGAGUGUGGAUAAUCCAAGCCAAGAUCAACUGAAGCAGAGUAUCACUGAGAGAUGUUUCGGUAUUGGGUACAAAGAGGAUGAAGGUGAUGCAUCUGUCUUGGCUACUUCAAAGUAUGUGUGCAGAGAGGAUAAAGAGAAACCAGUAAUAGAUAACCGAUCAAAAGAACAAGCCACACUGGAUCUGGUGCUUGAAGAGUGGGAUAUACCUGGUCUUCCAUGGUGGUUUUUAGGGAAUCUGAGAAACAACUACAAGUCUAGGAGUAAUGGCUCUACAGAUAUACAUACUAAUCAGGUAAAUGAAGUUACAUGUUCUGAUGACUUUGAAGAUUCACAGUCCUUAAGUGAUGACACAGACAUAGAUGUUCCCACAGAGGACUGUUGGCAGUGUAUCAAAUGCAAGAAAUUCAACUGCCCCAGUAAAAGGUAUUGUUUCCGCUGCUGGGCCUUAAGGAAGGACUGGUUCUCUGAUUGUCCCAAGCUAGCCCAUUCUCUCUCCACAUCCAGUAUUGCCAGAAUACAAAGUAAAGAGGACACAGAAGGUAUGGAUGUCCCAGACUGCCGAAGGACUGUGUCUGCUCCAGUUGUACGACCGAAAGACCCAUGUCAAUCAGAAACUAAAUGUAGCCUAAGUCCUAAAAGUUCUAUGGAAUCCCUGGAUUUUGGUAGGUGCAAAGAGAGAGAGGAGGAAGAGUUGCUAUCCCUGGAGAGUAGCAAAGAACUGCUGAAGCCUUGCCUUGUGUGCCAGAAGAGACCACGGAAUGGCAAUAUUGUCCAUGGAAGGACAGCACAUCUAGUGGCAUGCUUUACAUGUGCAAAAAUGUUAAAAAAGAUGCGAACACCUUGUCCUUUGUGUAAAAAACAGAUUCAAGUGGUGAUCAAAACUUACAUAGCAUAGCAGCAUCACUGCUGUUGGGAAGUAUAAUUUUUGUCUAUUACAUAGAUAUGGAUACAAUGCAAUGCUCUUUUUCUUUUUUCUGUUUGUGUGCAUGUGAGUGCACACCCAUGUAAGAGGUUGAAAAUAAUAUACGUUUUAUGGUGUCCUCCACAAGCUUUUGGCACUCAUGCAUUUCCCCUAUGGGGAUGAAAUGUGCUUUUACUAAGGAAAUAACCAUGCAGUUUUACAUAGAGUAGUGCUUAAUCUGCAUGUUUUUGGAGGUCAAAAGAUAGACAGUUGAUGCUUCCUUUUCUAAUGCUGUCAUAUGACAGGAGAGGUCACCCUAAGUUAAAUAUGUACUAAGUUGCCACCUGUCAUCUAAAUAUGUACAGAGUUUCUGUGUGUUGCUUCUCUAAGUGAGUUGUUAUCUAGGAGUCGAAUCUAGAGCUUACAAUGUUUCUAUUGAGGUAAGAAAAAAAAUUGUAUGCAUAUGAUGCACUUUUUCACCAGGGGUCCUUAAUUGUUGGUAAUAUAAAAAGAAAUGCUGUUAUGUGUCUCUUGUACUUUGUCUAGUAAACAUUGAUGCACAUCCUUGACAGCGUUUGCUCUGGGUAUUAUAAUCUGUUUCCCAAAUAUGUAUACUGUUUAAAUAACCUUCAUAUAUGAGUGGGAAAUGGACUGGGGGGAGGAACAGUUGUGACAUUAUGGUGUUGCAAGAUGUAUUUAAUGUGUUACAAGCUAUGUAUCUGAUGUAUAUUGUAGUUUUUCCUCAUAACUCAGAGCAAUGAAACUGUGAUCCUUUAGCCAAGAAGAAUUCAUACAGUAUUCCAACAAACUGUCCAUACAGCCAGGUUCUGAUGACUACUGUAAUCUGAUAAUGCAAGUCUCUCAAUAGGCAGCUGUAAGGAAAGUGCCAGAUAGUCUGAAAGUAUUCAGCAGUUAGAUUAUAGCCAGUGGUUUGUAAGCAAAUAUAUUAUUAAAUAAAUGCAAAUUUAAAAUGUCUCCUAUAUUCAGCAUACCUUUCCAUGAUACUGCUGAGCAGAAAAGGCAAUGGGUACCAUAAUUUGUGUUUGUCUGAUAUGAAAACUUCUUGAGAGCCAAUUAUUUGAAACCUAGUUAUAGAUAACUAUAAAAUGUAUACAGCCAAUUGUGUGCAAAAAAGACUGAUUUAACUUGUAAUAAUCAAAAAUUUUCACCUGAUUUCAAGUUUUCAGAAUGAUUCGAUUAGUUCUUGUUCUUUUUUCAACUCAAAUGUAAAGCAGCUCUAUUGGACUACUGGGUCCAAAAUGAGAGCCCAAAAUUAGGUCCCUUCAUCUUAAAUUUUUGGGAACCUGCUAGCUACUUGCAUCUUUUUUGGAUGCAAUAAUUCUAUGGAACUAUAUCCUUUAUAUGAAACUAUUCUUUGGAUGUCAUUACAAUAUCUCUGUCCAACUUCAGACAUUGACUCUUAAACUUUUUGCUUUGAUAAUAGAGCAAGUGAAAAGCCGAGCAAAGGCUCAGAAGCCUGUUAAAUUAUCUUCAUAGUGGUUGCUAUUAAAAUAGUGUGAUUAUGUACUACUUAAACCUUCAAUGAAAUUUAGAUCAUUGUGUUUCAAAAACAUUUCUAAACAAGUUCUGAGGACAGACCUAGAUGUGAAACUCAGUAUGGAGUUAUCAUACAAAAUGUGUCCUGUAGAAAUCUUCCCUUUUUCCAGUUAUGGUGAGUUUGCACAUUAUCACUUCAUGUAUGUAGAUGUUGAAUUUGUAAAAUGAUACAAGAUAUGCUUGCAUGUUAUAACUUGUGAACUGGGGAGAUAGAAGUGUUUUCAGCAGCAGCCGAACAUUGAUAUUUGGAUCUGCCCCACAGCCUCUGAUAUAUUUGAAUUAUUUCUGUCCUUCAUUCCAGUCCCGAAUUGGGCCAGUGUGAGUUGGAAAUGUCUUUGCUUUGAGAGUCAUUAUGUAAGCCCAACUAGCCUUCUGCUGUACACAUUCUGUGAUUUGUUUGAAAUAAAUGUUUUCGAAUGUAUUAAAUUCUAAUACUGUU